CGCGCUUGGUUUUUUUUGGCGACGGCUGACGGUCACACUAACGCCCACGAUUCGUCGGAAAGAAAAACAAUAACAUUUCCGGCCUCUUAUCCAUUUUAUCUGGCCAAAAUGAGGAUCCAACGGCAGUGCAUCGUGGUCAACAUGCGAUCGGCCAUAGUGCUGAUCAUGAUCUUUGUGCUAACGGGGAUUAGGAACAGCGAGACGGCCAGCGGGGGCAAUCAAAUGGACUUGUCGGACUCGAAAGGCGAUCACAAGGACAACAGCAAUGCAAGCAAUGGUAAUGGGAAUGCCAAUGAUAACGAGGUGUAUGUGCCACCAAUGGUCUCCAACACGGUGGCGAAGAAUGGAGGAUCAAAUGGAGGAGGUGCAGGUGGUCCCCUGGACAACAUCACCGCCUACAGCGGCAGCAGCAGCAAUGGGAACAACAACAACGUCCUGUGUCCGUACGACAAGGACACGCCCUGCGAUCGCCUGCACUUCCCCUGCAUCCGGUGCAACUACAACUAUGGGUGUCUUUAUGGCCGGGAUGUGAAUGUGACCUGCGAGAUCAUAGGCAAUGUCCAGUGCCAGGGCGAGCGCAGUUUCCAGAGGCAGAUGAGCUGUCGCUACUGCUACCAAACGGAAUUGUGGCAACAGAGCUGCGGCCAGCGCUCCAGUUGCAACUCGGCGACGGAUAAGCUAUUCCGGACCAACUGCACCGUGCACCAGGACGUGCUCUGCCUCGGCAAUCGGUCAUUUACCCGAAACCUGCGCUGCAACUGGACGCAGGGCUAUCGCUGGAGCACCGCCUUGCUGAUCAGCCUUACAUUGGGCGGCUUCGGAGCCGAUCGAUUCUAUUUGGGCCACUGGCAGGAGGGGAUUGGCAAGCUGUUCAGCUUCGGAGGCCUCGGCGUCUGGACAAUCAUAGAUGUGCUGCUCAUCUCGAUGCAUUAUCUGGGGCCAGCGGAUGGCUCGCUUUAUAUCUAAAUAGUCAUUAAGGGAUUGGGGGUUGGAAUACCUCUGAACGAUGAGGAAGACUGUAGGCCAAAAGUAUAGACCAUAAGCUAAAUCUUUCCAUUCCGUGUAAAUAAUAACGAAAGCAUAUUUAAUCAGGAGUGUUCUAUUGGUGUAAAUGUUCCAAAGAGCUAAACAACUGCUUUUGUUUAUAAAAAAAAAAGUGUACAUACAUAACAAGAAAAUUUAUUCAAUUAACUAUGCUUAUAUUUUUCUGUAUCUAACGUAUCUAGGUAUCUAGCGCAAUAUUUCACAGCCUUUUCAUUUUAUUUUGAUCGUACCAAUAAAAUUAAUAUAAAAUAACUAGCAUGUAUGAAAUAAAAUCUCAAAUUUAAACCA